AUGCCUGGUCUUGACAAUCAGAUUGCCACACCAAACAAUGAUCCACAACGACUUGAAGACACCUUCAUGGAAAUGGAGAAUGCAGCCCCUUGCUCAGAUACCCCCGAACGCCCCCCAUCCCCCCUGUCAAUCAUCCGAGCCAUUGAAUUCUUGAGUGCGGAGAAAGACAAAGCCAGCGACUCAGAUCAUGAUUCCGACCUUGAGAUUGAUUCCAACACGCUUGCUGAAGCCAUCAGGGCAAUGGAACUCAAUGUGUGGGAUGAGGAAGCCGAAGAAGCGACCAAUGAUGCAGCACUGGAGGCAGACUUGAAAUUGAGUGGAAUGACAAUGAAGGAUGUUUCCUCAAAGAUGUUUGCGGCCAACUUAUACAUCGUAUGUGCUAUUUAA